CGAUCGUCUGGACGAAUGCUCCGCCUUCUCGCUCUCGCGUGCCUCUCCUCGCUCGCGGCCGCGCUGACGCCCGCAUCGGCGCCGAGGGCGCCGAUCAGCCGCUCCCCACGCACGGCCGCGCCCGUGGCGCAGCAGUGGGCCACCGACCAGGGCUACCAGCAGCAGGGCUACCCGCAGCAGCAGGGCGGCUACCCGGACCAGCAGGGGUACCAGGAGCAAGGGUACCAGCAGCAGGGCCAGGGCUACGCGGCAGCUCCCGCCCCCUUCGACAACCAGCCGCAGGGCCUGCCCUUUGGCUGGGUGUCUGGCGUGGACGAGGCGAGCGGCAUGACGUACUACUACAACGAGCAGACGGGACAGUCGCAGUGGGAGCCUCCUCCGGGGGCGGCGGCGGGGGCGGGGGCGGCGGGCUACGGCGGCGGCCAGUUCGCCGCGGCGGGCACCUGGCAGGUGUGCAACGCCGCGGGCACCUGCUUUGUCGUCCGGCCGGGCGAGGACCACAUCAUCGGCCGCAACGACCUCCCUGUGCCGAAGAACACGAUCUCGCGCUCGCAGUGCCAGAUCCAGGUCUCGGCCGACGGCACCGCAAAGGUGAUGUCGUGUGGCAAGCCGGAGACGGGCUACGCGUCGGGCGGCCGGCCGUGGGAGUUUCUGCGCUGCUACGAGUCGCGGCAGCUGCAGAACGGCGACCUGAUCAGCCUCGACAAGAACGACUUGGAGAGCGCGAUGUUCACGUGCUACGUCUCUUAGCCGCCAACUGGCGGCGCCCGGCGCACGCGGGGCGUGCGCUGGGGCAACAUGAAAGGCUUGCUGCUGUGUCGGGGUGGUAGAGGGGGAGGCUCGUGACAGAAGCCGCUCUCCUCUGCCGCGUGAAGUGGAGUUGUGUCGCUAUCGGGCGCUGCGUGGUGUCGUCGUCGUUUGGAGUUGCCGGCGUCGGGGCGCCGCGCACGCAUGAACUGCUGGCCAUGUCGAGACGUUCUUGGGGGGGUGUCUUGUCGUAUAGAGAGUAGCGCGCAGCGGCACCACCGCGCGCGGCGCGGGCGCCGGGAGCGCGGGGGGCGGUGUGGCCGCGCGCGCGCCCGGUUCUCCGGUGUCGCGGUGUGGUCUCUGGUCGGCGGAGAGCGCGUCAAUGUGGUUGUCGGUGUUUCGGCCUUCCUACAGUUUCCCCCGUGACACCUCUCUACUGUGAGAUGGGUAAAAA